GCACCGCAGGAGAUCGAAUAUUGCAAUGGAUUACAGUUCCAAGUACCUGAUAUUUUUAGUUUUCUGCCUGGUAUUGUCCGAGUACGAAGCGGACGAUAAAUACCAAACGAAUCUUUCCAGGAAACGACGUUACGUCGUUUUUCCAGAGGGCUCCACAUUUUCUAUCGCCCUUUGCUUGACCGUGCACACCCUGACGCCGGACGACAUCUUCACAGAGGGUCUUAACUGGGGUAUCUCCUACGAUCUGCCUAACGAGAGCAAGCCCGCCCUCGAGCCUUUCUUAGAGCUAAGGAACGAUAAACUUAAAACUAGCAACAAGCACAACUAUUACGGUUCCACUGCAAUCGCCAAUAAAUACGGCGUUCUGAAUUCAAAAUGGAAUAACAACGUCAAGCAGUACUUCGUACCUGGCAGAAAAAAAUAUUCCAAGUCAGAGUAUUAUUACUUGCAAAGGAGACACCGGAGGGAGCUCUACAACAAACUGGAGGUCAUCAUGAACGCAAUGGGCUUCGACGGCAGGACGUGUAUUCUACGCGCGCUUUGCGAAGCAUCCCAACGAUUAAUGCCGAAGGGAAACACCUUGAUAGAAGAAAUGAUGAGAAUAUCGUUCUCAUUACCUCUGAAGAGAGUGUUCUCCUUCGAGCCGGAGGAGCAUCGCACGUACACCCGGGCUCAUAAAGCCGGCCACGAGGGCAAGGACUGCGCAGCCAUGUUUCCCGGGUGCAGUUUCUCCCUCAUCGACUUGGCCCUCGGGAAAUAUAACGCACCCCUGUCCGACCACCCCGAAGAUACUACGGACCACGCCGGAACUUUCGGCGCGGAGGACGGGCCUGCCGUGGAUUGGCCGAGAUACAUGAGGUAACGCGAUGCAUGCAAACGGCAGCCUGAUUUUCGACGCUGCGCAAACAUGCGGAAUGCCUCUUACCAUGCCGACGAUUCGCCAUCGACUGAAGUAAAUGAUCCUACGGACGUCAGAAAUUUGGUUAACUAAAUUUACUUGGUAAUUUUUUUUAAAUACUUAAUUCUUGCUCAUAAAGAACGGUUUUCCUAAAGUAUCUAAAAAUUUAUCUAGAUAUUGACCUAAAAAUAAUUGUGUUAUAUCAUCAAGAUAAUUACGAAGGACGUACAAGCAUGUUGAACGAUGUUGCAAAAGGUUUUGACACUUUAACAGUUUGAGCAUCUAAAAUAUACAAUAGAAGAAAAAUUUCUAAUAUAAUUGUGUAAAUUUCACUAUAUAAUAUUAAAAUCAACUCUCCGAUAAUUAAUGUUGCUAUUUGUUUUUUGUCGUUGUUAUUAUUGUGUGUAAAAGCACAAGCGCGAAUUACGUUCAAACAAACUAAUACGCGAUUUACGAGUAGUACAUCAUUAAACAGAAUGACGCUAAUAACAGAGUUGAAAGUGGAAAGUGGGACGCUGAAAACCGGGGGAACAUUUCACAUGGCGCCGGCGAGGUGGAUAUGGUUGAUAUGCCUCAUAAUAUAAGCUAUAACAAUGUUCCUCGUUAUCGUGCAUGAUAGAGUAUGAUUUAACUAAUUGGAUUGGAUUAUGUCGAAUGAGCGAUGCAGGACACGAAAUGAGAAAAUGUAUUGGGAACCAAUAAAAGCAGAUUGAAGAAAAAAUGGCUUGAGAACUGUCGGAAUUCAAAAGAAACGCAUC